CAGUUUAGUUCUGUUACUUUGUAAGACCUGCAAUAAAGCAGCGUUUUUGAGUUCAUCUUCGGUUUCUGUGAGUUUUGCGUUUGGGUCCUCAUCUGCCUCCACACAGCCGGUUCAUGACAGUACGACGCGACCACGACAUGGACCCAGCAGCUCACAAUCCCUCCGCUGAGUUCCGUGAGGAUUUAAUCUACACGGUGGAGUAUCACUGCCAGGAGUGGGCAGCGCUGCCAGCGGAAGAAUAUCGGGAGACCGUAGCCAUCCGUUUACAGAGGAUGGUGUCCGGACUCCCAUGGCUAUUCGGCGCGCUACACCCCCACAUCCAGGACUUCCUCGUCUCCACCGUACGUAUCCGCCCGGAGCUGCCUCUCCAGUAUGAAGAGUCGGAGGAUGUUCAGCCCGGUCCGCUGGAGGAUUCGCGGCCCGGCUCGUCUCCUCCCUCUUCUCGACGAAAACGGCGUUCACGCCGCCGUCGCCCAAGUACAGCUGAGCUGGCUUCACUUGUGGGUGAGAGUGACUGUGCGUCACUCACUCAGCCCAAGUUUUCUGAUCCCAGACUUCAGGACUUAUCCACCACUGUGAGUAACUCUGUUUUGCCCGCCAUUGUGUUGCCUGAAUCGGAUAACUCCGCCACUCUGUGUUUGGACUCUAAAGACGUUAUUCCGAGUGACACCUCCGUGCCGAGUUAUUCACCGGCUGUCCUAACCAGCGACCUUUGUGUUCCUGAGCCAUCAGAUUCUUGCAUUGCUCGCAGUGUUUCCUCUGAGUUAGCCAGUAUGAAUGUUUUACCUGUGGAGUUAGCUGAACCAAGGACUGUUAUCCUACACCAGACUCACCUACAUACUGCUACCAGCAUUGUAGCCCCGCAGAACUGUUUUAAUCAGCCUGUAUGUUUUGAGGUUUCCCAGUCUGAGCUCAGCCACACACCACCAUCAGCUCUAGAUGUAACAGUGCAUGCUGUGGAGCACAAACCAUCCGAGACUGAGUGUUCUAUAGGUGAUGCUCCUUCAAAUGACUGUUUCAUGUUCCAGCCCGUUUUGUCUUUAGACAUUUCUGAUAUUGCUCAGCCAACUUCUCAACCAGCCACUGCUCUCUCAGCUCCUCAAAGAGUUACUGUGAAUGAGGCCUGUGUUGCUGAGCAAGCCAAUUUACCGUGUACUCCUAGCGUUCUGCCUGAGCCAGGUGACACAGAGACUAUUAGCCAUUCCUCUGCUAUGAACAGUUUAAUCUUUAAACCAGCUCUUGUAUCUGUGACUCCCAGUGUUGCUCCGUCAGUUUCUCAGGCUCUGGUUUUUCCUGUGCCACAACUCGAAAGUGCUAACUCGGACACUACCUGGGUAACCUCGCCUUCUCCCGUGCCUGCUAAGCAUGAGACUGUUUCUGUUUUUCCUUGUGGACUCCUUGAAACUGUGUAUUCCAUGCCUGCUAAGGUUAAGAGCCGUAAGGUUUUGUCUGCUAUACAUACACUGGCAAAUGAAUUUGGUUUGAGCACUGCAGAGCUCGUUGCACAGGUUAACUUUUCUGUUCCCCGGUCGUGUCAGUUUAACUCUGUGCGCCAUGCUUUUCGGCCAAGUUUCAUGGACUCUGUGUGUACUACGUCUCGGGCUACAUCCCGUACAACUGUGUGUAGUGUUGCUUCACACCCAGGUUAUCCAGACACUACUUGUGUGAAUUCCCCAGUGCCUGUGACUGCUCCUAAACUCACUCUUCCUAAGACUGCUAAUUAUGACAUGGACAACUUAAGUACAGCAGAGUUGCUUGAACCAGCCCACCAUAAGUCGUGGUUUGCUGAAACUGUGUUUGGCACCAUUAACCUAGUUUACCCAGUUACUGUUUCUGUGCUUCGCUCUCCACCUCCAGUUCCUAUACCCAGGGCAGCUCGGGCCCAGCUUCCCCUUGCACCCGUAUCAGUUCCUCGGGUGAGGGUGGCUGAGGUCCAGCUGGUCCCUGCUUCUGUCUCCAGCCUGGCAGAGGCUCCAUUCAUCCCGGCACCCGUACCUGCUCCUCGGGUGGGGUUGAUGGACACCCAGCCAUUGCCAGCACCUGUUCCGGCUCCCCGGGUGAGGUCAGCUGUGACCCUGCCGACUCCUGCACCCGUCUCAGUUCCUCGGGUGAGAGCAGCAGAGGUCCAGCUAGGUCCUGCACCUACGCCGGCUCCCAGGGUUAAGGCUGCAAGAGCCCAGUUCGUCCCUGCACCCGUAUCUGUUCCUCGGGUGGGGAUGGCUGGUGUUCGGCCAGGCCCUGUACCCGUUCCUGUUCCCCAGAGAGCAGCCAGGAGUCAGACACCUGCUCAGUCACCAGUUCAACUACCUGCUGAUCCACCAACAUUACAGCCAUUGUUACAACCACCACUACAACUGGCACUUUUGUCCAUAGCGCAGUCAUUAGCUCAGUUAUUAGCACAGUUUCCUGUUUUGUCACCAGCUCAGUCUCUUGCACAGUUAUCAGCUCAGUCAUUAACUCUGUCACCAGCUCAGUUAGUAGCUCUGCAACCCGCUCAGUCACUGCCAUCCUCUGCUGAAAGCUCUUGUGAGCCCACUCAGCCAGCUGAGGACUGCGUGGUGCUGACAAAGCUUGGACAGACUGUUUGCACUGCACAGCCCCAGCCGUUGCAUCCCAAGCCGACUGCGUGCCCUGUGCAGCUGCAGUUAGCGUCCACUGAGCCAGAGGUCUCCGCACCUGCUGGCUCUGCACCUCUUCUCGCUGGCGGUUCAGGAGAACCGCUCCAGCCAUCCCUGGUCUCCGCUGGGCUUCACCGUCGCCUGGUCCGGCCUCUGCAUCAGCUUCACCGUCGCCUGGUCCGGCCUCUGCAUCAGCUUCACCGUCGCCUGGUCCGGCCUCUGCAUCAGCUUCACCGUCGCCUGGUCCGGCCUCUGCAUCAGCUUCGCCUGGUCCGGCUCCAGCUUCCGCAUCUGCUUCUGCUCCGCCUGGUCCGGCUCCAGCUUCCGCUUCUGCUUCUGCUCCGCCUGGUCCGGCGCCUGGUCCCACCUCGUCUGGUCCUGUGCCCACCAAGCCUCGACCGGUACGCCCGACGCUUGAGAGCCGCCGUCUUCCACGCAGUCGGCCUCCGGACCCACUCUGUAGCCGUCGCCGUCUUCCACGCGGUCGGCCUCCGGACCUGUUCUGCCGCCACUGCCACUUUUCAUGUGGCCGGCCCCCGGAACAGCCACGCUGAACUUUUCUGCUGUCGCCCCCCUGGAUCACCUUGCGCCACAGCCAGGGUCAGUGGCAGGAAAUUUGCCAUUCCCAGCCCCAAGGAGAAGUUUCUGCACCUGCUAGGCCUUGGUAGACUGGGGCUGCAUUCAGACCCUUGUCCACCAAACUCUGGUUCAGCAGGAGGCACUGUCUGA